AUGGCAGACCCCGCGUAUCAGGAGCCCAGCGACUUAGUCCCGCUAGAGGAUGUCACAAUCAGGACCGAGUACGCGUUGAAGAUCCAGAAGAGGAUCCAGCGAAUGCCUUGGGGCAAGGAUUUCCGCCUCAACAAUGUUCAUCUCGCCAUGUUUGCCAUCGCGCCUCUAUCGAUCUUUCGGAAUGGCAUGCUCUCAGAUGGGGUCACAGCUUCGGUAGUGCACCAACUCCUCGAGGCCCUACCUCCGCUGAUAAAGCACUUCCUGGGGCGAUGGCCUGAUAAAGCUUAUGACAAUACCAAAGCGCUCGACAAGAUCCGCGAGCAGUUCCAGCAGCUGGGGCUCGAAGGACCCGAAGAAGAUGAUAUUGCCGACAUGACAUUUGUCCUCGACGAAGAAAAGAGGAGGAACAGCUCUGCUGUAUCGGCAUAA